GGGUCACCCAAAGGGGUCCAUACAUUUUCCCAAAAACACAGCUUUAAUGUGUUAUUGUUAAUACUUGUUCAUUAAUUAUGGCUGGCAAGGAGAUCAGUCUCAUGAUCCUAUUUUUCUUUCUUCCCAUUUUCUCGUGCUUCUUCUCUUCAGCCUCUCUUGCUGCUGCUGCAUCAUCAUCAUCAUCCCACACACUCAAUCCAGGCGAAACAAUCAAUUCCUCUUCCUCCACUUUUCUCGUUUCUGCAAAUAAACUCUUCACUUUGGGAUUCUUUAAAACAAACUUGUUUUUGUCAGAAGAAUAUUCCAAUAACAGUUACUUAGGAAUAUGGUAUUCCAAUUAUUCAUAUCCCCCGGCAUGGAUUGGCAACAGAGACAAGCCGAUUACCGACAAUUCUGGUGUUCUCACCAUAGACAGCACCGGCAAGUUGAUCAUCAGACAUAACAGUGGGGUUCCUAUUGAGAUAUAUGGCGGUCAAACCAGUACCACCACCAACAUCACUGCUACUCUCUUGGAUUCUGGCAAUUUCUUAGUGACAGAAGAAGUGAACAACAACAAUGGAUCCACCAACCAGAGGGUAUUGUGGGAAAGUUUUGACUAUCCCACCGACACGCUUCUGCCGGGGAUGAAGCUAGGGGUCAACCACAGGACUGGCCGGAACUGGUCACUCACGUCAUGGUUAAGUCAAGACAUACCGUCUCCCGGAGCUUUCACCAUGGAUUGGGAUCCCAAUACACGACGGUUGACCAUCAGGAGGCGAGGGAUGAUAUAUUGGACUAGUGGAGCCCUCUUGGAUAACACAGACUUUGAGUUUCUAAAGACUAAUUUAGUACAAGGGAAUUAUAACCUCACCAAUGUUACUACCAAGGAUGAGGAGUACUUCAGUUAUUCACUCAUAAAGGUUCCAUAUCUAUUUGAUUUAAUUAAAUCUCGAAAUUUUAUAUCAGGAUGGUUGUUAGAUUACCAAGGUUUGAUGUAUGAUGGAGAUAGGGGUCUGAUGGCACAAGUUAGUCUUUGUUAUGGGUACAACACAGAUAAUGGGUGUGAAUUGUGGAAGCAGCCUCAGUGCAGGGGUCAUCAUUCCCAAACAUUUGAUUUAAGAACUGGUUAUUUUAAUGACAGUAGUGAUAAAGCGUCUUUUUAUGACAAAAACACAAGCCUUGGUAGCAGCGAUUGCAGAGAAAUUUGCUGGGAUGAUUGUGAUUGCGUUGGAUAUAAGGAUUAUAUCGGUGAGACUGGAUGCAUGUUUUGGAGAAAUCAAGAGUUCCAUCAGGAUUUGUCUGGCAGUGCUUCGCCCAAGCAUUAUGUUCUUAUUUCAAAUACUGAAUAUGUAGGAGGGAAAAAGAAGAUCAAAUGGAUUCCCAUUGUUGUGGCUAUUCCAAUAUUUGUUAUGCUUGUCUUCGGGCUCUUGUGCUACCUAAAAAGGAGAACAAUUAGAUUACAAGUAGGGAGGGGCGAAACAACAGAGAUGAAUGAUCUAAUUGAAUUAAUGACACUAGCCAAUGCACAAACGGGCACAAAUAAACUUGAAAACGAGACGAACAAGAGCAAUGAUUUAAAAAUAUUUAGUUUUGGAAGCAUCAGUGCUGCUACAAAUAGCUUCUCAUUGGAAAACAAGCUUGGGGAAGGCGGCUUUGGACCUGUUUACAAGGGAAGGUUGACCAAUGGCAGAGAAAUUGCAGUAAAGCGAUUGUCAAGAACGUCAGGACAAGGAGUAGUGGAGUUCAAAAAUGAGCUCAUACUCAUUGCCAAACUCCAACAUGUGAAUCUAGUCCGUCUUUUGGGAUGUUGUAUUCAAGGAGAUGAGAAAAUGUUAAUCUAUGAGUAUAUGGUCAACAAAAGCUUGGACUCCUUUUUGUUUGAUCCUUCUCAAAAGGAGAAAUUAACUUGGGAGAAACGUUUCAUCAUUAUUGAAGGAAUAGCUCAAGGACUACUUUAUCUCCACCAAUACUCGAGAUUGAAGAUAAUUCAUAGAGAUUUGAAAGCUAGCAACAUAUUACUUGAUAAUAACAUGAACCCUAAAAUUUCUGAUUUUGGCAUGGCAAGAAUUUUCAAGCAAAAUGUCUUGGAAGUGACUACAGCCAGGAUUGUCGGAACAUAUGGUUACAUGGCUCCUGAGUAUGCCAUGGAGGGCAUUUUCUCUGUCAAAUCUGGCGUGUUCAGUUUUGGAGUUUUAAUGUUUGAAAUAGCAUGGGACUUGUGGAACAAAAAUGCUGCGCUAGAGCUUGUGGAUCCAAUGCUAAGUAGUGAUUCAUCUAUAAGACAACAAUUGAUGAGAUGCAUUCAUGUGGGUCUCUUAUGUGUAGAAGAUCGUGCAGUCAAUAGGCCAACCAUGUCAGAUGUUAUUUCCAUGUUAAUCGAUGACAACAUAACUCUGCCGAUGCCCAAGAAACCAGCAUUUGUCUCUGGAAUCAGUGUUGGUGAAGAAAAUUCUUCCGGUAAUCCAAAUCACCCGGUAUGGGUUGCCAACAGAGACAAACCUAUUGCCAACAAUUCUGGUGUUCUCACCAUAGACAGUACCGGCACGUUUGUCAUAAGGCAUAACGGAGGGGUUCUUAUGGAGCUAUAUCAUGGUCCGAACAGCACCAACAGCACUAUUGCUACUCUCUUGGACACUGGCAAUUUGGUUGUGACAGAAGAAGUGAACAACAAUAAUGGAUCCAACAAAAGGGUAUGGGAAAGUUUCGACUAUCCCACCGACACGCUUCUGCCAGGGAUGAAGCUUGGGGUCAACCACAGGACUGGCCUGAAUUGGUCACUCACGGCAUGGUUCAGUCAAGGCAUACCAUCUCCCGGGGCUUUCACCAUGGAUUGGGAUCCCAAUACACGCCAGUUGAUUGUCAGGAGGCGAGGGUUGAUAUAUUGGACUAGUGGAGCUCUCUUGGGUGACAAAGACUUUGAGUUUAUAAAGACUGAUGGGAAUUCAAAUUUCAAUUACAAUUUUUCCUAUGUUACUACCAAGGAUGAGGAGUACUUCACCUAUUCUUCACUCGUGAAUGACCAAAAGGUUGCAUCAGGAAGAGGAUGGUUGUUGAAUUACUUGGGAAAUGUAUAUGAUGGAGGAGAUAGAGAUAAAUAUGUAAUUGCACAAGUUGAUCAGUGUUAUGGGUUCAGUAGUGAUGGUGGUGGGUGCCAAGUUUGGGAGAAGCCCAAGUGCAGGACUCGAUACCAGAGGUUUGAAAACAGAUCUGGAGGGUUUAAUGAUGUUGACAGGCCACAACCGGCGAGGAGUGAUUAUAGCAAGAGCCUUGGUCUUAGUGAUUGUAGAGCCAUGUGUUGGAAUAAUUGUAACUGCACUGGAUUUAAGGGUGAUUAUGCACCUGGAUGCUUGUUCUGGACAUCAAAGAAAGAGUUCCAACAAGACAACACUGGUGCUACAGUGCCUUUUUUUGUUCUUAUGUCAGAGCAGCCACCUCCAGAGUCACCAAGGAAGAAGUGGAUAUGGAUUCUCAUUGUUGUGGCAGUUGCAUUUGUUGUGGUUGUCUUCAGCUUGUUGUGCUUCCUAAGAACGAGAAGAAAUAUUAGACUCCGAGGGGAAGAUGAUCUAAACGAACUAGUUGCACCUAUUCGAUAUGUGGACACAAAUCAUGAAGUUGAAAACGAUGAAAACAAGGUUAAUAAUCUUCAAGUAUUUAAUUUCGAAGAUAUUGUUGCUGCUACAAAUAGCUUCUCAUCUGAAAACAAGCUUGGAGAAGGUGGCUUUGGACCUGUUUACAAGGGAAAAUUGAUUGAUGGAUGCGAAAUAGCAGUAAAGCAACUGUCAAGAAGAUCGGGACAGGGAGUAGUGGAGUUCAAAAAUGAGAUCAUGCUCAUAGCCAGACUCCAACACGUGAACCUGGUUCGUCUUCUAGGAUGUUGCCUUAAAGGAAAUGAGAAGAUGUUAAUCUACGAGUAUAUGCUCAAUAAAAGUUUGGACUUCUUUUUGUUUGAUCCUAUUCAGAAAGAGCAAUUAACUUGGGAGAAACGUUUCAAUAUCAUUCAAGGGAUAGCUCAAGGACUACUUUACCUUCAUAAAUACUCAAGAUUGAAGAUAAUUCACAGAGAUAUGAAAGUUAGCAAUAUUUUACUUGAUGAAAACAUGAACCCUAAAAUUUCUGAUUUUGGUAUGGCAAGAAUAUUCAAGCAGAAUGUAUUAGAAGCAAAUACGGAAAGGGUUGUUGGGACAUAUGGUUAUAUGGCUCCCGAGUAUGCUAUGGAGGGUAUUUUUUCCGUUAAGACUGAUGUUUACAGUUUUGGAGUUCUAAUGCUUGAAAUUGUGAGCGGUCAGAAGAACAAUAGCUUCCAUCAUCUUAGUGGUCCACUUAACCUAGUUGGAUAUGUAUGGGAGUUAUGGAACAAAAAUGCUGCACUGGAGAUCAUGGAUCCAAUACUUAGAGAUUCAUGUGUAAGUCAGCAAUUGAUGAGAUGUAUUCAUUUGAGUCUGUUAUGUGUUGAAGAUCGUGCAGUCGAUAGGCCAACCAUGUCAGAUGUUAUUUCAAUGUUAAACAAUGGCAAUAUAGUUUUGCCAUUGCCCAAGAAACCAGCAUUUGUCUCUAGAAGCGAUGUCGUAGAGGAAGAUUUACAACAACGCAAGUCAGAAAAGUAUUCAAUAAAUGGGGUUUCCUUUACUGCAAUGGAUGGGAGAUAGGGGUAUGCUUCUUCCUGAUAUAGCUAGCCUAAGAAAAAAUGAGAGGGGGAGAGAGAGAACAAGCAUGGUUGAAGUAGGAUCAAACACAAGCAAAUCAAAGAUGUCAAAGAUGUUACAUGUAAAAACCAUAUGGCCAUUCCUAUUUUUUACUUAAGUUGUGCUUGGAUAAUGGAUUUAAGUAGGAAUUUAGAAAGGAAAAGAAAAAAGGUGAGUGAAAUAUAGGUGAAAUGUAAUUGUAUUUUAUUCACAAUUCACUGACAUUUUUUUUUCUUUUCAAAUUUUUAUUCAAAUUCAUAAUUCAAAGUGCUAUGAUAUCUUUGCCAGCAAA